AUGUUCCUACCACCGAGGCAAAAGCAAACAAGAGCAUGUGUCGCGUGCCGGGAGAGAAAACAAAAGUGUGACAGUGGACGGCCUUGUGCACGCUGUUUCGAAAAUGGAGUCGAAUGCAUUGUUGACGAAGGUAAUGAUCUGCGACGAAAAGGGGCUCUGAAGCGCAAGGCAGCAAUGAUGGAACAAGACCAAGAGCUUCUAAUCCAGCUCGUGAGAGCUCUUCGCGGUAGCAAUGAACGCCAUGUCUCGCACCUUGUGAAUAUGAUUCGGAGUCAUGCUUCACUACAAGAAAUUCGCGAGUAUAUAACGGACCAUCUGAAACUGGGUACAAUCGAAGACACGUCCGAGGUGAAGGAGUUCCGGCGUCAAAUUCAUCUUCUUCUUGACUUGGAAGGGCCGGCGUUUGAGUCACAGAAGACACAGCGGGUCGCUCACUCUCGCCCUUUCAACGUUCCCGCGAAGCCAUGGACGGUGAUCCAGUGCAGAAGCGCGUUUGUUUCGGAGCUCGUGUCGCUGUGGUUUACUUGGAAUCAUUCCACGUUUCCGUGCAUUGACCGCAGCCUAUUUGUACGAGACAUGCGGGCGGGAAACGUGGUAUGUCAGUACUGCUCACCCUUCUUGGUGAAUGCGAUAUUAGCCGACGCUUGCGUGAGUGAUCCGUUGAUUUCCUCCCUGGUUUGA